UUUGCAGCAUACAAUAAGCAGAGAUGAAGGUUAAAUGUGAGGCUUUUCUACCCAGGAGACAUCAAUCUUGUAUUUAUACACAGAGGAAAUAGCAACUGCAUUUCACACAAGCUGAGAAUUUGGUUCCCAGGACAAAACCAACCUGUUGUCAUAAACAUCUCUUCAGCUUCAUGGGGCUCUGCCUCCAGAGAAGUGGCACUGAAGUAAUGAAAUACUACAAAGCAGCAUGCUGCUGCUCACACUGAACACAAGAUUUGUGUGGGUGAAGCUGCCAGGCUCUGACACCAGUCAUACCACUUGGAAAGACAUGGACAGACUUGGAGACACCACCCUGGAUGGGCUGAACAUCUCUCCCAUCACUUGCAGCUCUUCUCUCUUUAUUCUUUGCCAGUAUCUCAAGAUACCAUUUCUCAUAGAAACUUGAGGUUCAUGUCAAAGCCUCCAUUUACACUGGAUUGCACAAAAUGCCUCCAAAACUGCCUCAGCUUUAUCUGAAGUCAACAUCAGCCUCAGUUCUUUGUUUUACUCUUUAUUUUUGUUUAUUUAGCUAAAACCUACUGAAAGAGGCUCUGAAACCUUUUCUACCACAAUUUUGUCCCUUCAGGUUCCAAAGCAAAAAGGAAUUUUUUCCUAGUGGUUAACAUUAAUUAAAUACUGAGCUGGUUGGUCUUUUGUGACUUCUUGAGGGUAUUUUCUUUAAAAAGUUCAAAAUUGCUUUUAAAUUUUUUUCCUGUAAGUUUGAAGCAAUUUGUUGAUCUUUGAGAAACAGGGAAAAAAUUGAAAAACUCUGUAAUUCUGAAUUUUUUUUUUAGGGAAAAAAAAAUCAAAAUCUGUUUAUCUUUUAGCAAGAACCAACUUUGCUGUUCAUGCAUAAAGCUGUGGUGAAAUAUAUUGUAGCAUCUUGCCAUCAUGAAAUAUGAAUACUACUUUGUUAAACUCUUCAGCACACGGAUGAGACCGAUGAAACUAUUCCAGAGGAAGGCAUUUGUCACUAAAGCUGUUUUGUCUCACUGUUGUGAAGCUGACUCAGCAUUAUUUAACUGAUGAUUCAUAAUUUUGCACAUUAUUUCUAACCCCAGUCCUGCACAAGGACCCUCCUAUACCAGGAGCAGUAUGAACAUGGAACAAAGAGGCACCUUCUGCUUCCAAGAGCUCCAAGUCCUUGUAGAGGACUGGAGAGGCAGAUGGAGUUAGAUGGAGGGUGAGGUUAAAGGAACCAGCCAGGACAUGCUGCCAGACUUUGAGUAACCUUUACAGCCAGGGAGAGAUUUAGCUGUGACUGUGUCUCAAUGAUAUUCAUACAAAAAAAAAAACCCUCCAGAAGAUUUUAAGUGUCCCAUGCCCAUUCCUGACUAUUAUUCUAAGUAAGAUCAGAUGUGGGAAAAAGAGAAUACUGAAAUAGAAAGAGGCUGUUGGAGGCUGUGAGUGGUGCAAGGCCCCCAGGGAUCCUUGGGAGAAGCUCCACAGCAGUUUGUAUGUGGGGAGAGGGUCAGUCUUUGAGUUAUCUGCCAAAAAGCUGCAUCAGACUGCUCUAGGAUGAAGCAGUGGGAAGUCAAAAUACAUUGAGAGCUGGCUUUUUACUUUUACCUUGCUCACCAGAUGUAUUUUGGAAAAUUAUUGCAGGCUAGUCUCCUACAUUUGCAAGUUUUUCUCGAGCCUCAUUUGAAAUAGAAGUGGAUGACUAGAGUUACAAGUUUCCAAACAAACACAUCUUAAGUUUCCCAGGAUCUUCUUUCCUAGGAGAGCUGUGCACAGCCCCCUGCUCCACUGGGACCCUUGCACUUCCAAAACCCUACGAGCCACACCUUCAUCUUUCAAAGCCCUGGGUGCCACCAAGUGCUCACCCCGAGUCCAGGGAGUGUCUGACAGCAGCUGCACUCAGCCCGGAGUGUGCCUGCCUUUCCCAUCUCUGCUCUUCUGCAUCUUCCCUCUUUGCAGUCUCCGUCCUGUCCACCUCUUCCCUUUGCAUUCCUCCUCUCUGCAACUCUGCCUUUGCAUCCCUCCCCUUUGUAUCCCUCCCUUUUCACCUCCCCCUUUGCACCUCUCUCACUUACAGCCCUCCCCUUCGCCUCUCUGCCCCCUUCGCAUCUCUGCCUUUUCCCAUCCCUCCCCUUUGCAUCUCUGCUCCUCGCAUCUCUGCCCCCGUACACCUCCUGCCCCUCGCCCCUUCCCGCUCCUGCCUGCCCGGCUCUGAGCCCUCUGUGCAUCUGCCCCAGGCACCCUCCACUCCUCCCUCCCUCCCCACCCCUUCGCAUCUCCGCCUCGCUGCCUCCCUGCGCUCUCGCCCGGCCCGGUGCCCCGCAGCCUCCGGGCAGCCCGCAGCGCCUCCGGGCCGUCCUGUGCCCCGCUCCAACCCCGCUGAGCCCCGGCCCUGCCCUGCCCGCCCGGCCCGGAGCCGCCCGCGAUGCCGCCGGUGCCGGUGCCGGUGCCGGUGCCGGUGCCGGUGCUGGUGCUGGGGCUGGUGCUGGGGCUGGGGGGCCGGGCGGGCGCCGGGGGCGGCUGCCAGCUGCCGGCGGAGUGGCGGCCGCUCAGCGAGGGCUGCCGGGCCGAGCUGGCCGCGAUCAUCGUGUACGCGCGGGUGCUGGCCCUGCACCCCGACCCCUACGGCGCCUACAACUACCUGCCCUGGCAGAGGGGCCCUCCCGGCGGUCCCCAGCAGGGAGCGGGGGACCUCUUUUACUCGGCCGAGAUCGAGCUGCUGUGCGACCAGGCGUGGGGCAGCAUGCUGGAGGUGCCCGCCGGCUCCCGCCUCAACCUCACCGGCCUCGGCUACUUCUCCUGCCACUCGCACACCGUCAUGCAGGGCUACAAUUAUUUCUUCUUCCUCCGAAUGGAUGAGAACUACAUCCUCCUGCCACAUGGAGUCAACUUCCAGGAGGCGAUUUUCCCUGACACCCAGGAGAACAGAAGAAUGUUUGCCAGCCUUUUCCAGUUUUCAAACUGCUCGCAGGCACAGCAUGUGUUGAGCUUCUCCAGUGACUGGGAGAUUCAAGAGGACAACCGGCUCAUGUGCUCCUCGGUGCAGAAGGCCCUGUUUGAGGAGGAGGACAGGGUGAAGAAGCUGCAGCAGAAAGUGGCGGCGCUGGAGAAGCGCAACAAGCAGCUGCGGGAUCGAGUGAAGAAAGUCAAGAGGUCUCUCCGGCAAGCCAGGAAAAACUCCAGGCACAUGGAGCUGGUGAACAGAAAGCUCAGUGAGAAACUUUCCUCUGCUGGUGGUCAAAUCCCCUAUAUUAACUCUUUGAAGCAGGAGAACUCCCAUGGUACCUACCUGAAAGGGUAGGUGGGGUAAGUGCUCAGGCUGGUGCUAGUGGCGAGAUUUGUCUGCAUUAGAUCAGGAUCUGGCCCUCACACCUUGUCUAUGCUGUGCUUCAAACCUUGCAUGGAAAAUGAAUCUGAACUUGCUUUAGACACAGUGCCAGAUUAAACAGGAAUGCCAGCUGGAUUUGGCACAGCCCAAAGCCACGUCCUUGCUGUUCUCAGUGGACACGGGGCUCAACAGUCAUCUGUGCCUCUCCUCCCUCACCCACCUCCACCUCCACCACCAGCUUUAGGUUGUCUUUGAUGGAAAUGCCAGCCCAGACCUCUGGGCCAUUGCAGGCACUUGACACAGGAGUUCUUCCUGCCAGUUUACCUCCUCUUCAUGGGCUGGGCAAGCAAGGCUUGGGAUCUAGAGAUGGAUGUGGUGGGAAGGAUGAAGGCAUGAAUGCCCUUUCCUCCCUUAUCACCCCCAGGCUCUCAACCUUGCUUGAGCUUGACUGAAGUCUACAUCCAGUGCCUGGGCACAGGCUAUGUCUGAGACUCAGGCAGUUUGUGCCCCUCUUCAGCACGAAAUAUAGAUGUGCCCAAAUUGUCUUGAUUGUCUUUGUUCCUAUAUAUCCUUAAAUAUUCUAAAUCAAAUAUAUAACAACUUUUAUUUUUCCAAGAAGUGCCUCAAGACUCUCAGUAACUCCUCAGGUGCCUUUAUCACUGGUCAGCCAACUGGGUUGGAAACCACAUCAUUUUGGGACUGUGUCUAAGACCUAAUCCUGCAGUCAGGAGUGGACUUAGCCUAUGAGUGGGUGUUGGAUCAGGCCCAGUGGGCAAUUUCAGAUCCCAUUCUCAAGCAGGUUUAAGUUACAGUGUGGACAAAGCUUCAAGUUUUGUAGUCACUGAGGUAUAAUGGAGGUUGCUGGGCAGCCUCACUUAGUUACAUUUAAAACCUGUAGAGACCACAUCAGUAUCAACAGGGCAUUAAAAAUUUAGGUAGUUUAUAUAUGUAUAUAUUUUAAAAUCCUAUAGAAAAUAUUUUUAUUACACAUUUGAUAUAGUCUAAUUUCUUAAAAUAUUUCUGUUUCUUGGUUAUCUCAUAAAAAAGAAAAGUCCAUCAUAUCCUUUAUUAGGUAUUUACAAACUCACUUCUUCUCAAGCAGUGUGGGUUUAGGCCUCAGUAUCCGUGGCUGAUAAUGUUAAUGCUUGAAACUAUCCCUGCACUUGGAAAAGCCCAUAUCAGCUUUCAAAUGUGAGCUUCACUCCAAGCAGAACACAGAAGCUGACUCUCAUUACCUUCCAGUUUUGCUCCUUUUGGAAAUACUUUUUUUUUCCCCUCUUGAAAUAAUAUUGGCAUUUUUAAAGAUUCUGACUCCUGCACAAGCUCCACUGGUUUCAAAGGCUCCACCUUCCACAUCACCACAAUUUGAAUUGUUUUCUGCUGGAGUCAGCAAUGCUGUUUCCUGAGAAUAACUACACAACUUAGGCUUCCCUAGAAACCACCAAGAGAUUUUAACUCCAAAAUUUAAAUCCAUAGAAAAGUAACUACUUUUUUAUUGUUUUAUUUUCUGGCUUCUAAACUACUGUUUAAAUAAAUGAACUGGUUUUCCAUUUAAAAGCUUGUGUUUUAAUUUUUUGUUAAGAAGAAUAUUCCCUCUGGUAUUCAUUCAUGUUUUAUAAAUGUUUGUAUAAUGCUGAGAAAGUAUAAUUAAUAUAGUUACACCUUUGCUAUUCUUACAGAUUUUCCAAACACAGUGUUGAAUAUCUUUUUCUUUUGGCUGGUAUUUUUGUUGCUGGAUGAAAAGAUUGGAAUUUUCUUCCUGUUUCCCCCUUUGUGUUCCUUGAAAAAAAAAAAAAAAAAAGUAAAACAUUUUGUUCUCCUUGUAAGUUUUGUGAGAAUUUUGUUUAUUCUGCAAAGAAAACGAAAAGAACCUCCCCAAAUGCAAAGUCCAAAUGCAGCCCAAAAAGCUCUCACUGGGUACAGAACCCAAAAAACAUUGUUUCCUUGUGAGUGUUUCCCCUUUCAUUCCUGCCUGGGUUUGGAUCAUUUCCAGAGAUAAGGACCAGCAGUCAGAUCAGGUCACAAAUUAACCCUCUCGACAAGUAACAGGGGAUGUCAAACCUAAAUAAAAAUGCCAUUAAAGUGUCAGCACUGAUUGCCUGUCCCUGCUGGUGACAGUAUCCAGAGAGUGAGCAGGAAGGCUGCACAUGCAGGAAACACAAGAGGAAUGAGGAAUUUUGGUUCUGUCCACCCAGGCUGGUACACAUCACCCAGGGCCUGCCUGACACAUGCUGUAAGUUUUAGACCCACUCCGUAGCAAUUUCAGGGAUCAGCUCAUCUGGAGACCUGCAAAAAGGGCAAAAUUUCAUGCCAUUUCCAAGAGUAAUGGGAAAGGCAUGGUUGAGUAUGUUCCUCUUGAAAAGCUAUGAGAUGCAGAAAUGAAGAGGAGGUUGGCAUAGCUGGGUGGGUUCACAAGAGAUUGUGUAGAAACCCAAAAAACAUCCUGGUAAAAAACAGAAAGACAAAAAAAAUCCCCAUUUUGUUAGAAACAACACCAAAUGUGUCAGCCC